GGAGGAGAAGAGAGAGGUUAGGAUUGACCAAAAAAACCAUGCAAAGAGCGUUAGAAUAGGGAUAUGCUAAUAGUAAUAAGUCCCCCUUUAAGGAAAAGAAAAUUGGAGGAAAUGAAGUUGUGGCAGAGAGCCACCGGGGCUCUCAAGGACAGAAACAGCAUUUUGGUGUCAUCUCUUGCCCGGCGGACCUCCGCCAGUAAUCCUGAUCUUGAGAAGGCCAUCAUCAAGGCAACCAGCCAUGACGACGGCGGCAUUGAUUAUAGGAAUGUCAACCGAGUAUUCGCCUGGGUUCAAGCCUCCCCCAUCACCCUCAAGCCUCUUAUAUACGCUAUCUCGAUGCGAAUGGACAAGACUCAUAGCUGGUUUGUAGCUCUCAAGGGGUUAAUGUUGAUGCAUGGCGUCUUCUCCUGCAAGACACCAGCGGUACAGAGGAUCGGACGCCUCCCAUUCGAUCUAUCGAAUUUUCAGGACUGUCAUUCUAAUCCUAACAAAAUAUGGGGGUUCGAGGCAUUCGUUCGAGCAUAUUAUGCUUUUCUCGAUCAGCGAUCCGUUGUGUUCUACGACAAAACGUGGAAACCCCUGAUGCAGGAGCUCGAGAGGUUGCAGAAAUGGCAAUCAUUGAUCGAUUUGCUGAUGAAAAUCAAGCCACAGUGGAGGAACAUGAGGGUGAUUCUAAUUCUCCAAGCUAUGGAUUGCGUGAUGAUCGAAUUAUGCGAAACAUAUAGAAGAAUAUGCAAUGGAAUUGCAAGAGUUCUAUUGAAUAUAUAUUCAGCUAAUAAAACUGAAGCUGCUCUGGCUCUUAAGGUUCUGCAGAAAGCAACAACACAGGGUAAACAACUCUCUGUUUAUUUCAAGCUCUGUCGACAAUUUGGCGUUGUUAAUGCGACAAACUCUCCGAAAGUGAAGCCAAUCCCAAAAGAAGACAUAGUGGAGCUUGAGAGAAUAAUCAACGGAGUAUCAGAGAAGGAAAGAAUUGGCAUGGAAGCAGAGGAUGAUUAUAGUAAAGCCAUAAUGGUGAGACGAGACAAGGAAUUAACAACAAGUGAUGGCCUGGAAACAAUAAUAACUGACAAAUGGGAGGUUUUUGAUGAGGAUUUCAAGGUAAAUGAAGGAUUGAUGACUGGGUUUUAUGAGAGAAAGAUCACAAACAACCCUUUUGAAACCUCUCCUAAUAACAAUAAUCUACUACCUCUUGUUCCCAUUAAUGUUGUUAAUGCUCCUGCUUGUAAACAAGAACUUCCAGAUUUAAUUAGCUUCUAA